ACAUGGCGGACAGGAGUUGUUAGAACGUCUCAAUUUUUAUAUAUCCAUUUCUGAUGGGCGACGUUGAAAACGGUGCGUUUACUGAACGGGAAAAUGAAGAAUUUUAUUUUAAGCAGUUAAAAAAUCUCCAGGUGUUUGAUGCAUCAGACAAUCUUCCACUUGGUAGAUCAUACCUACUUGCUGUCUCUAAUAGAUAUGGUUUGUGCUUUGCUGGCUGCCCUGUUGGUUUUAAGAUAAUAAAAACAUCUGUAUUUGGGGAAGUUGACCGAGAGUCCGGUGAAAGAAGUGCUAAUGCUAUAGUGACCCAGUAUCCUUCCAUGUACAUCGACAUUGGUCACCUCGUAUGUCAUAUUGCUAUAUCCAGUGAUGAUGUUACACUGUCUGUAUGCUAUGAACAUGGUGAUCGUCUAGUACUCAGGGUAUAUGACAUACCUACACUUGCUCUACAGGGUAGCUUACAAGGCAUGCUUGGUGAGGUGGUUCUAAUGUCAAGUCCUGGUAUUUCCCUUGUAAAUCUGUUAUGGAACCCAACUGUAAGUGGUAUGUUUGCUGUAUGUUACUCCAAUGGAAUGGUAGCCAUGUGGGAGAUGAAUGAAACCCAGAUAAAACAAGUCUCAUCACUUCCUGUGUCAACUAGAGCUACUGCUAUUUGUUGGAGUCCAAAGGGCAAGCAAAUUGUAGUGGGACACAAGGAUGGACACAUGACUCAGUAUAGUCCGAAUCUUCAAGAUGUUAAAAAGGAGACACCAAGUCCCGAAGUCUUCAGAAAAUCUCCACAUCAAGUCACAAGCAUCUGUUGGGUCAGUAGUACAGUUUUUGUCAAUGUCUACACAAGUCCUGAUGAAGGAGAAGCRCCUAAGUGUAUUGUCAUUUGCAACCAAAGUAAAACAACUCCCAAAAAGGUGAUAAACUUUGAGGAUGUUUAUUUUGGCAUGAGUAAUGAAAGAGAAAAUGGCUUCUACAUGACACAUGUCAAUGAAUGGAAUGUAACACUGACUGCUUCUUGUAAUGCCUUUGAAGUAGCAGUCCUUGGCAAUGAGGGAACAGAUUGGGAGAAGUGGCAAUUCAGUGAUGAAAACCGUGCAGAAAUGCCUUUAACUAGUGAUAAAGAGGAGACAUUCCCGAUGGGCAUGACUAUUGAUUUCACAUCUACACUAACCAUACAAGAAAAUGAGAAAACCCUACCCCCUGCUCCUGUUCUUCUUCUGCUGUCCACCAAAGGUGUCCUCUGUCCAUUUUACAUGAUCAACAAAAGCCCAAGUGCUCGCCAUGACAUCGUAAAACCAGCUCAGGCACUACCUCAUCCUGGUAGCAGACCAAAGAUUGCAGCUGUGAAUGCUCAGUCUCAGGGGGGUGCUGCAGCACUWUCUUCUCCAGCUACAAAGCCUGAAGCCAAGCCUGGGUUUUCUCUCAAGCCUUCCAGUUCAUCUGUAUCUCAAACUCCUACCUUGACAAGUACAGAACAGAAGGGUGACUUCUCUCUAGGUUCUGGAACKUCCUCUGGUAUUACGCAGCCUACUACUCAGCUUUUUAAGCYCCCUUCAAGUGCCUCUCCAUUGGUGACUUCUUCUGGUGCCACAGCUUCAACAAGACCUCUCUUUCCAGCAUCAAUGCCUACAUCAAAUGUAACUGUCAGUCAGAGUGGAAAGUCUUUGUUUUCAUUUCCAUUAACAAUGGCAUCUGACAGCAAACCAGCUAACCAAGGACUCUUCAAGCUCACUCCAACAACUCAAAUAGUCACACAGCAGCCUUUAACCCAACAACAACCACCUCAGCAACUACAGCAACUACAACAACCACCUCAGCAACUACAACAACCACCUCAGCAACUACAGCAACUACAACAACCACCUCAGCAACUACAGCAACUACAGCAACCACCUCAGCAACUACAGCAACUACAACAACCACCUCAGCAACUACAGCAACUACAGCUGCAGAGACAGCAGCAACAAUUGGUAAGGGAACAAGAACAACAAAAGCUUCUUGAACAACAAGCUGAGCUGAAACAACAACAAAGCUUAGAAAAGCUCCUUGAGCAGGAGCAACAAAAACAGAAAGACAAGCAUUUGGUGAAGCCUACACUCCCAUCCUCUCAAGAUAACCUGGAGUUAUCUAUGUCUACAUGCAUACAUGAAGAGAUACUACAUUUCAAUAAGGAAUUGGCCAGUCUUGGUGAAGAUGUGCAGCAAGUUAAACAACUUUGUUCAGCCACMUUAAAUCCUGAAUCACUUGAGAAUCUACGGAAACAAACUAAUGAGAAAUCAAGAAUGAAUAAUGGCUUGAAACAAACUACAAAGGAACACAACAAAGAAAUUCAAGACAUCAAACUUAAACUUCUGAGCAGUUUUGAAAUUUUAGAAGAUGCAAGAGUYCGUAAUGAUAGAGCUAAAGAUCCUCGCUAUCAUCAUUUGUUAAAGUCUCGUAAUCUUGAUCCUGUAAAUGCCAACAAGAUGAGAAAUAUUAGAGAACUCUACAUGCACCUGGACAAAACUCUUAGAGAAGUUAAUCUUGUGCUGGAUGAAGAAUGGAAUAAGGAAAAUGAAACAAAAAGUAAAAUUCAACGGCCGUCUUUAGAUGUCAUCUACAGAACUCUUCGUUUACAUCACAUGGUCUCACAGGAACAGUCAACUAAAAUAGAAAGACUUGUUGAGAAGAUGAAACAGAAAAGACUCUUGUCACCUCAUUGGUCCAAACCAUCACCUACCAGUAAAACAAAAGGGGGAAGUGAUCUAUCAAACUUAGAGGAAUCUUUAAAGAAGGUUGAUCUUAGCAGCACUGUCAAAUCACCAAUAAAAGUACAAGAUCCAAUCCCAGUUAAUAAAACUGUACAGCUAACAAACAUGUUGAGGAAAAGACAGACAACACCCAUCAGGAAAUCAACAAUUGUAGUCCCAUCAACUUUACCAUCGAAGCAACUUCUGAAACGUCUUGGUGCGUCUAAAGUCACUACUUCUCCACCUUUUGAUGAAGAAAACAUUGACUUAAGUGGUGACAAUGACUUCAAAAAGCAAUUAUUUUCAUCGACGCCUGGGGCCAAAUCCGAAAGUCUGUUUACUUUUAAACACCCUAAAGCACCGGUAUCACAUCAAGUUGCCAAGCAAACGGAACAAAUACCUGAGGGAGUUGACUCAACACCAGCACGGCUUUUCAGUCAGAAUCAGYCUGGAGCCAAACCCGAAAGUCUGUUCACCUUUAAACAGAAUCAAGAAMCAGUAUCAGAUCAAGUUGUCAAACAACCGGAACAACCACCUGAGGGAGUUGACUCAACACCAGCACGGCUUUUCAGUCAGAAUCAGGCCUCAAGUGCAAUACGUAGAGCUCAAACAGGGUUAUCUACUCGAGAUUCUGUYCAGGAAUCAAAAGCCAUGACUGAUGUUGUACAGCCCGUAUCUAAACCAACUGCAUCUGGAGGAACUGCAUCAACAGCUUUUAAGGCUCCUUCGUCAACGCCAGCGAUAAAGGAGGUGUCUGUUCCAGUUCAAAACGUUUCUCCUGUAAAAGCUGCUGCACAAGCUGCUAUGAUUCGAGCAGAGAAGUCCACAUUGAAAAAUCCYAACCUUGACCCUGCAGCUAGCAUAGAACCCAGUUCUAUGGUCCUUCACGGCCGGUCACAUACUGAAAAAGAACGUGACAUUGAAACAGAGACGAGUAUGGCAAGAGAAGUAGCGGAAGCCGCGGUCAAAGCUUCACAACUCCAAGCACAAAAAUCUGUUUCUAAGCCACAAAGUAGUACAGAGUUUUCUUUUAAAAACACCGAUGUUGCAAAACUUKCACCAGGGGUCUCAGCAAACAGGUUACCUGCACCAAAUGUGACUGUUAAACCUUUGCCCGUAACAUCAGUGUCAUUUACCAAAAGUUCAGUAAGCUGUGCAGGUAGUAUUUYAAGUCAAUUUCCCACCUCUGCUACUGUUAAAUCAACAACUGGAAAUAGUAGAAAUACAAAAGAUAAUAUUGCAUCUUCCACUGCMGGUGUUUCAUCUUCUCUAUUGUACACGGGAAGUAAUUUGCAACAGGUUACAACCGCUGCUAGUACAGUGAUCGAAAAACCAGAUGUCAUCCCAUCACCUGGAGUAAGCCGUCGAUUAUUUGGUGGCACUACACAAGAAGGUACAAUGUCACCAUCAAAGGGGAACGUUGCAACAACUACACAAGCAGAUUUAAAGCCAUUUACAGAGAAGUCGUCAUCCACUGGUCUUUUUGCUCUACAGACCACCACUGCAAGUAAGCCAGUUUCGACAGAAGCAGGAAAACAGAAUGCUCAAGUUUCGAGUUCUUCUGGUUUUAAGUUUUCAUAUCCCAUAAUAUCUUCAAUGACUGCAGGAAUUUCUGGGGCUUCAAUGGAUGGGGAAUUGUCCAAAAAAGACAACGUGGUCAAACCUUUUGCUAGUCAACCUUUUUCACUCGGGACAACAUCUUCAUCUACGCCUCAAUCCAAACAAUUUUCUUCUCCAUUUCUAUUUGCUAAUAAGACCACAGGGGCAUCAACGGCUUCUAUAUCAACGAUUACAACUACAAAUACUUCUUCUUCAACUAGUACAACUGAGUCUACAAGUUCUACAUUGUUCUCGUUURGUGGUGUUCCAUCAAAACCCAGUAGCACUUUUAGUUUAAGUGAAGUURYAUCAGGAUCUGGAACAACCCAAGGUUCAACARGUCUUKUAUUGUCAACAGCCCAGAGCACAGGGGGAUUCCUCACUGCCCCAGYAACCUCAAAAGUAAACACCACUCAAUCAAGACCAUYUUUUGCUCCACAAAGCGGACUUUUUCAAACUCCGGCACCUACUGAAGUACCUACAUCUUUAGCAACCGAAAGCACAGUGACUUCUAAUGAGGUGGCUCCAUUUGGAUCUUCUGCAUUCAUUCCGAGUCAGGGGGGUCCUUUCAGAUCACAUGUGACUACUUCUCAAGGGGGUUUGUUUGGAUCAUCAUCUGCAAGCCAGGGUGGUCAAUUUGGAUCUGGCGUAUCUACAUCUAGUCAGGGAACUUUAUUUGGAUCAUCCACAACAGCAUUAUUUGGUACAGCUACAUCACCUAGUGCACCAGGGUUUGGGUCAGCUGCAACCACGACAAACCAAGGGGUAUUUGGUUCUCAAGUAGUGUCUUCUUCAUCUGGAUUUGGACAGUCUGCAUUUGGACAAACAAGUGUAGCCAAUUCAAAGAGUCCAGCAUUCGGCCAGUCUGCCUUUUCCAAACCUCCAGUCUCUCAAACGUCAGGUGGUAUUGGGGUUGGCUUUGGUGRCCUUGGUCUGGGUGGACAGCCUAACCAAGCAGACAGAAAUCCCUUCAGCACUCCAGCACCAACACAGAGCUCAUCGUCAGGGACUUCAUUGUUUGGAGGCUCUCCAUCAAAUGCAUUUAAGCCCACAUUUGACAGUGGCUCGCCAUCAGGAUUCACCUCCCAGUCUUCUGGAUUUGGUGGUUCAUUCAGCAAAGGUACGGGAAAUGUAGCAUCGUCAGGAUUUGCUGUGUCUAGUAUGGGAAGCUCAAGUCCGUCUGGAUUUGGAAGUGCACCAGCGUUUGGGAAUACACCGGCCUUUGGAAGUUCACCYGCCUUUGGAGCGGCACCUGCAUUCGGUGCAACACCAUCUUUUGGAAGCUCCCCACARAUUGGAGCAUCUCCGACGGGCAGUGUCUUUGGUAGUGGUGGAGGUGGUUUUGGGAGUUCCCAAGGAGGCUCAACGUUUGGUGCUCUUGCACAACAGAGCACUGGUCUGUCGUUUGGAUCAGUUGCACAACAGUCAUCUGGGUUUGGAUCAUUCGCCGGCCAGCAGCAGCAAACACAAACUGSUUUUGGCGGAUUCASCGGGAAUUCAAGCCCAGCUUUUGGUGGAGGUGGUUCCUCUGGUUCAUCAUUCAAUCAGUGGCGUUAAUGGACAGAUUAACUAAUUCAAAAAAAUGUUUAAUGUGAUAGCAAUUGAGUAUAGAUAGAUAGCCACAAAUUCGUCGGGUUUUUAUAAUCUAUUUGAAGGAUAGUGUGAAAAAUCGGCAAAAUACAUACAAACAUUAUUCAUUAAAGAAACCUGGUAUCUUGGCCUCUC